AUUAACCACACCCCCACACCCUGCAGGAUUGCAAUUCUUAUCUUCAAUCCUCUUCCCAGAUAACUAAAUCACAAGCAUCAUUACAGGAGACAUCGUUGUCAUCCCGGUAUGGCCUGCGGUCCGAGCCGCCCUCCCUGGUCUGUUGCUCCUCUACAGGCACCAUGACGAAUCGUGACCCCGACUUUCGACACCAGCUGGGCAAAUUUCGUCUCGAUCCAUUACCAAUUCCCUCCCACUCGUCCCGUGCUCCUCCAGCGAAUACCACUACCCCUGCUGCGCCUUCAUACACUGUCUCGCCUUCCUUACAGACGUCUCUUCCGCCUCCAUUAUCCCAGCAGCAGCAACAGCAACCGCAACAUGCACUCCCCCCACCACACAUACCUCGGUCCCAAGCUUCGGUCUCCCCUGUUCCUCCACCUCGCAGUAAACGAGUCUCGACUGCCUGCGACUUCUGUCGGAAGAGAAAGAAGAAAUGUGAUUUCAGAUAUCCCAAUUGUUCUGCCUGCACGCGCGCCGGCGUUCGUUGUACCAUCCCCCCACCGGGUCCUCAGGUCGCCGCAGCCUCCGUGCCCCGCGAUCAAUUGGAGACUUUACAAAACAGGGUCCGAUGGCUGGAGGAGGUCAUACGCCGUAAGACGGGUAUCUCGGUCGCGGAACGGCCUACAGGGGCCCAAUUGGAUGGGGAGGCCGAUCCGGACUGGUGGUAUCAGGUUCCCGCCAUGAUGAUGGCGCGCGAGGCUCCUACGCGCUCCACCACCGCGACCACCACCCCUACAGCAGCGGCCGUAUCCAGCAGCGGCUCACCACCGAACUCCUCCACCGUGGGUACAGAGUUACCCAAUGUGGGCGAAAUUUUCCGGGAUCAAUUGGAACACCGCCGCCCUUCAGUCGCCCGACCCGCCGCGUCUGCCCCCCGGGUGGUUCGGCUUCCCUCGUUGGAUGAAGCGGAGCGAGUUGCGUCCCAGUACUUUGAUAGCAUGGGCUAUCAGUACCCUUUCCUCAACCGCACGGAGUUCUUCACGAAUAUGCGCCGCAUCUAUGCAGGCGAAGUUCCUGCUCCCGAGGUCCAUAAUUCGUAUCAUAUCACCAUUGCGACCGCCUUGUUGAUCGGGUCGGGUGAUGGAUCCAAAGCUGUAGAAUUCUAUCAGGCUGGCACUGAGACCCUCUCGUCGGCGCUACAGAACGAAGACCUGGCGGCCGUGAGAGCUUUGCUGAGCAUGGCACUGUAUACUAUGUUCGCCACGAGUGGCCCGAGCGUAUGGCAUUUGCUGGGGACCGCUCUUCGCUUGGCUAUCAGCUUAGGCUUACACAAAGCUCGGCCCGUGGGAAAUUUGGUCGACGAGGAAAUGGCGAAACGAGCAUUCUGGAGUCUUUAUAACCUGGACCGGCUAAUUGCAAGCACCCUUGGGCGGCCGUUAGGUAUCGCAGACGAGGACAUCUCAGUGGGUUUGCCGCGAGAGUUCAACGAUGACUGGUCUGAAGCCCCCGGGGCCAGCGCCAUGACCAUUCCCUUGCAGGUCGUGCGUCUCCGGCGGAUCUUCUCCCGUCUUUAUUCUUACUUGUACAAUAAUCAGCCUCCACCACCCCCUUCUGAGGUCUUAGUCACGCUUGGGCACUUUCGUCAAGAGCUGGACGAGUGGCGUCGGGCUGCCCCAGUGUAUCCACCGGCAUUGCUCUACUCAACCAGCUAUUAUGACUACCUUUACGCGACUACUUUGCUUCUCAUGUACCGCCCAAGUCCACGAAACCCAACGCCAGAUGCGGCUAGCAUUGUAAGCUGCGGGGAUGCUAGUAUCCAGGUCCUCCGGUCGUACUGGGACAGCUAUUCGGCAGGAAAGCUUAAGUGGAUCUGGUUGACUCUCAGUCAGAUAUACUUUGCUGGGAUCACUAUCUUGUGGUGUUUGAAUCACAACCUGCAAACCGUCCGUGAGGGUCUAGUGGCGCCGUGGCAGCCUGAGGAGCGAGCGAUGCGGCGUGCCAUUCAGGCCGUUAUUGUUGUGCUAGAGGAGUUCGGCAAGCGUCGACCAGGAGUCGAGCGAUUGGCGGAAUCCUUCCGCAAUCAGAGUACCACGAUCUUCAGCCAUUUCGCAUACCAGCAGGAGCAGCAGCAACAGCAGCAACAUCUCAUUCCACCCCCACCUCCGCCUCCACCUUUGUUGGUUCCGGAGGAGCAGUCUCUGCCUCCUCAGCCGCAGCAUGUUUUGAUGGCGCCGCCGGUACCGAUGGCACCGGUACUUGACGACGUUCUGCUGGUCGAUGCAUCCGGAAUGGUGCCAGUAAUCGAUCCCCAACUGGCAGAGCAACUGUUCUAUUCUUAUGACUGUUCAACUGAGCUGGUGAUCCUCACCGACACGGUGAUCAUUGUCAACCCGACCGGCAUCAUCCAAGGUAUCCACCCGUCCACGCCAGCAGCCACCAUUUCACAACUGCUGGUGCAGCAUCACGACCUGAACCCACCUACGUAUCGCUUGACCAUCCUUGGUCCAACUGAAUUUCUCAUUCCCGGCUUCAUUGACACUCACACCCACGCUCCACAGUGGGCACAACGCGGCACUGGCCGAGGCAUUCCUCUUUUACAAUGGCUAGAGGAGAUCACGUUCCCCCACGAAGCUAGAUUGGACGAUCCACACUAUGCACGACGGCUCUACUCAGUGUGUGUCCGAGGAGGCCUCCAGCAGGGCGUCACAACCGCCUGUUACUAUGGGUCGCGUCACGCCGAGGCGUCCGUGAUUCUGGCUGAAACCUGUCUCGCCCAGGGCCAACGUGCAUUGAUAGGCAAAUGCAACAUGAAUCGCCACGCACCAGACUGGUACUGCGAUAGCUCCGCUGCUGAAUCGAUCACAGACACGGAAACGUUCAUCCGAAAAGUCCGGGAUCUGGACCCUGACCACGAACUAGUCACUCCGGUGAUCACGCCCCGAUUCGCCAUUAGCUGCGAUGAGGAGCUUCUCCACAAGCUGGGACAGCUCGCAGCCCGCCACCCGGACCUACCAAUUCAAACCCAUUUCAACGAGUCACGCGGCGAGGUGGAGUUCACACGGACCCUCUUCCCCAAUGACACGAGUGAGGCGGAGCUCUACGAACGGCUGGGGCUUCUCAACGACCGCAGCAUCCUUGCCCACGCAAUCUACCCAUCUGAUGCGGAGAUUGACCGGGUGGCGCAGCUGAACUGCGGGAUUGCCCACUGCCCGAUCCCGAAUGUGACGAUGGAUGUGUUCAUGGUGGCACCGGUGCGAGAGUACCUGCGGCGGGACAUCAAGAUCGGACUCGGGACCGACUGCGGCGGGGGAUAUUCAAGCUCUAUGCUGGAGGUGAUGAAGGCCGCGUUUGUAGUCUCGACCGCCGGAAGUACCAUGACGCAGGGACGCGAUGAACCGUUGACUCUCACGGAGGGGUUUUACAUGGCCACCUUAGGGGGCGCGCGAGUCUGUGGGCUCGAAGGAAAAGUGGGGAAUUUUCGCGUUGGCAAGGAAUUCGAUGCGUUGCUGGUGAGGACGAAGACGGGUGUGAUGGCGCCGGUGGAGGACUCCGAUGAUGUAAGGACGGUGUUUGAGAAGUUUCUUAUGACAGGAGAUGACCGCAAUAUUAUGCAGGUCUUUGUCAAAGGAAGGAGAGUCCAUGUACUCUAAUGCUGUGGUAUACUGGAUAAAGGGGAAAAUUGAGCGAUCUCU